CGCGCGCCCGCUGCUCGUUCCUCGUUUGCCGUAUACGCCGUCUCGCGUGUGCAAAGCCCGCAAGACGAUGCGGAUCAUGAAUGCCCCUCGCUGCAUGUAUUGCAUGAGAAUAUAUGGAAGACACUGAUCCAUGUCUCUCUAGGAGCCCUCCCGCUAUUUCAGGAAUGAUCCCCUAUGCACACGCAUACGCACACCCUCCACCACUCCUUCAACGACACAUGUUCAACCAUCACCACCCGCUUCACGUCGAUGACCGCAAUCCUACCCUACCCUUCAGCAAUCGGGACACGCGACACAUAUAUGUGCACAAGAUCGGAUCGGCCACUCGCUUCGUCUUCGACGACACCGAGCUGAAUGGACCGUGAUCAACGCGCGCAGAAUGAUCAUCGCCGAGCGCAUCUCGUUGCGAGUAGGAGGAGCUGGAGCAACCAACAAGAUCGACCCCCCGUCGUUUCUCCAAUGGCCUCAACAGGACCGACGCAUUACACACAUUGGGAGCACAUACCAGCCCCAGACAGACCGAGAGCUUGGCGUGGCCCGGCGGACACAAGAACGCCAGUAUCGCCAUUGACGCCUGCACCCCGGCUCGAUCGAUCUUUCGACCAGAGCACACAACAUCAUCCAAGUCCAAGGGCGAGUCGUCGUUGCAGACCAAGUAAUCCAACCAACACGCAUGCCUAUGCAUCUCCUCCACACCGCAUGCCUCCUGCUCUACUUUUCCCCCAAGCAGACACGGAUGAAGACCGCCGCAGCAUGUAUAGCGCUCCCGACCAGCUGCAGCACUACCCAAGGUCGGUGAGCCAGCCAAGUACCCCUCGAGCCGUUCCAAGCUUUUUCUCGGAAGAAACGAACGAGCCAUCAUUCCCACGAGCCCCGACUUAUCCGCCUGCCAGCAGGCGAAGGCCACGCAGCACUAGUAACAUUGGCGAUGGCACUUUUACCCAUGCAG